AUGUACGCUUACUUGAUAGUUUCCAUACUUCUAAUUCACUCAUGCAAUUGUGGUUCGAAAUCAUCAUCAUCUCCUGAGUGUAAAAAACAAAAAAAUGCCCUUGCGAGAUUUUGGGGAAUGUUAGAAACACUUGUUGGUCUUAUUUGUUCCAUAACUGGAAUAUGGAACACGUGGAAUGAUUGGAAAGUAAUCAACGGUACAUCUACAGCAGCAACUUCACAAAGUGAUUUAUAUUUCAUAUGUUUGGUUCAUGAACAACAGAACACUUGUUGGUCUCAUUUGUUCCAUAACUGGAAUAUGGAACACGUGGAAUGA